GGAGACUCGUGAGAUUCACGACGAAGAGGCUAGCAAAAGGAUCAUAUUCUCUCUUCUGUCAUCAAAAUCCCUUGUGCGACGAAUCAACAUAUCAAAUAUCGGUACCAGUAUAUGUAUAAAAAUUACUGCUAAAGGUCGCGCACACAAUCACAGCCUAUUGAAACCUCCAAUUUUGUGUGAUACAUUGAGAUCGAGAUUUUGUUGAAGUAAUGGAGGAAAGUGCCGAUCAAAUGAGGAGAAGCUAUGAAAGAAAGCAAUACGGAUGUUUGGGAAUGGGUGAUUCGGAAAUAGAGACAGAUUUGACGUUUCUGAGAUGAAAACUGAGCAGAUCGAAGUGGACGUACGCCGGAGAAAAGAGAAUUCCGGCGGAGAUGGGGAUGAGGAGAAGAAAAGGAGAGAAGGGAUGAGGAGAGGAUCUCCUUCCUGAUCAGCACCCGGUCAAUGUGGGCGCGAGAGAGUGUCAAGUCAUGCAAAAAGUGAGCUUAGAGGAGAAGCCUAGUGACGCGGACGCGAGAUAGAGAAAAGUCAUGGAGAGUAAACUUGGUGGAGAAGUUUAGUGAAUGGCAUUCUAGCCCCAUCUACAAAUCCUUCACUCACUACCUCCUAGACUGGCAUUUCGUUUCGCGCUCCAAGAUUUUCGUGUUAGCUAGUAACUGAAUCGGAAGGUUGGAAGUCAGCUUGUUUCCGAGGAACGUGCGAAGACUGUGCGGUCAAAUUGAUCAGGGUGAUAGAAAUUUCCCAAAGAUCGCGUAGAUUGCUAUUAUCUUUUGCACCUCAUAUUACUGGUGACUACCCAAAAAAUGGAGCUACCAGGUAGAGGAAAAAAAAGUAUAGUUACUCAAGUUAGCAUUGGUGGAUUUGAUGGUCAGGUCAAAGCCAAAGAUCUUGUGACAUACUUGGAAGAUAAAAUUGGACUUGUAGAUAGAUGUCGGCUCAAAACUUCUUCAACCCCUCAAGAGUCUUAUCCAGAUUUUAAAAUUGCUGACACAGCAAAAAUUGAAAGAACAGAUGACUAUAAGAAGGUGGAGCCUCAUGCGUUUGUGCAUUUUACAUUACCUGAAUAUGUAACUGAGGCUUGCAAUGCUGCUGGCCGCUGUGACCUAUUUUGGCAGAAUCAGCAUUUAAAGGUUAGCUUGGGACCUGAAAAUCCAUACUCCUUAAACCAAAGGAGGAGAACUACAACUCCUCAUAAGUUAACCGAUGUUCUUGUUGAAAUUGGGAGUUUGAUUGACCCAGAGAACUUCUAUGUUGCCUGGAGAGGACCUGAUAAAGGGGUAAACUUUCUUGUAGAUCCAUUUGAUGAGAUGUGUAGAAUAUGUUUCCACAAGGACGUUGCUUUCUCUUUUAAAGGUAUAGAGAAAAAGGCAGUGAUCAAGUGUGACUUUCAGGUGGGAUUCUUAGUCAGAGAUAUAAAUGAAAUCAAGAGAUACAAGGAUCCGUUAUCUGCAUCUGAAGUUAUUCUAUUACAGUUGGCUUCUUCACCUUUGAUUUGGUACAGAACUGCUGAUGAUGACAUUGAGGAAUCUGCUACACAUGAUUUGCUAGACGAUGAUGAUCCAUGGAUCAGAACCACGGAUUUCACACCAAGUGGGGCCAUUGGCCGCUGCAAUUUUUACAGAAUUUCUAUGUCAGUCAGGUAUGGUAAUAAAUUGAUGAAGGCCAUGAAGUAUCUAAAAGACCAAAGAGUCCAAGAGAUUUUACCUAGCCAGCCUAUUAAGAUAAAGAACGAACCUUCUUAUGGGGUACUCAUGUCAGAUCAUUUCUUCAGCAUCCAUUCCCAGGAAGGCAUUGCAUUUGACAUUUUGUUCUUGGUUAAUGCAAUAAUGCACAAAGGCAUACUCAAUCAACACAGGUUGUCAGAUAGCUUUUUUGAGUGGUUGAGAAAUCGGCCUAAGGAUGUCAAUGUGGCUGCUCUCAAGCACAUAUGUUCUUACAAGCGCCCAGUAUUUGAUGCAGCCAAGAGGCUAAAAGUGGUCCAAGAGUGGUUGCUCAGAAAUCCAAAGCUGUACCAGAUCUCCAAACAAUCCGAUGAUAUUGUAGAGGUUCGGAGACUUGUCAUAACACCAACCAAAGCAUAUUGUCUACCCCCAGAUGUUGAAAUGUCAAACAGGGUUCUAAGGAAUUUCAAAGAAGUUGCAGAUCGAUUCUUGAGAGUCACAUUUAUGGAUGAAGGCAUGCAGACAAUCAAUGCAUCUGCUCUAAACUAUUAUGUUGCUCCAAUAGUGAAGGAGAUCACGUCGAACCCCUUCCCACAAAAGACUAAUAUAUAUAGAAGGGUGAAGACAAUCUUGGAAAAGGGUUUUCACUUCUGUGGCCGAAAAUAUUCAUUUCUAGCCUUCUCAUCCAAUCAACUACGAGAUCAUUCUGCAUGGUUUUUUGCUGAAGAGACCAUAACUUGUGAUCAUAUAAGAGAUUGGAUGGGGAGGUUCAAUCAAAGGAAUGUUGCAAAAUGUGCUGCAAGGAUGGGACAGUGCUUCUCAUCUACAUAUGCAACUGUGGAGGUUGCAGCACGUGAUUAUAAGUUAAUACCUGAUAUUAAGAGGAAUAAUUAUGAUUUCUCUGAUGGAAUUGGUAUUAUUAGACCAGAUCUUGCAAGAGCAGUAGCUGAGAAAUUGAAAUUGGAUGAUGUGCCCUCAGCAUAUCAGAUAAGAUAUGCUGGUUUUAAAGGGGUUGUAGCAUGUUGGCCAGCCAGUGAUGAUGCAUUCCAACUUUCACUGAGAUCAAGCAUGAACAAAUUUGAAUCGACCCACACCACUUUGGAGAUCUGUUCUUGGACUAGGUUUCAGCCUGGUUUCCUUAAUAGACAAAUCGUGACAUUGCUUUCAGCACUGAAUGUGCCUGAUGAUGUAUUUUGGAACAUGCAGGAGGCAAUGGUUUCAAAGUUGAACAAAAUGCUUGUGGAUGUAGAUGUGGCUUUUGAUGUUCUCACAAAGUCUUGUGCCGAGCAUGGAAAUGCUGCAGCAAUAAUGUUGAGUGUUGGUUUCAGUCCUGAAUUGGAACCUCACCUUAGAGGUAUAUUAACAUCUGUGCGUGCUGCACAAUUAUGGGGCCUUAGAGAAAAGGCUAGGAUCUUUGUUUCAUCUGGCCGCUGGCUGAUGGGUGUCUUAGAUGAAUUGGGUGUCCUUGAACAAGGACAAUGCUUUGUACAAGUCUCUGCCCCAUCUCUUGAAAAUUGUUUUGCAAAGCAUGGCUCAAGGUUUAAAGAGACAAAGAACCUGCAGGUAGUUAAAGGCUUUGUGGUUAUUGCCAAAAAUCCCUGUCUUCACCCUGGAGAUGUAAGAAUUUUGGAAGCAGUUGAUGCUCCUGGUUUACAUCAUUUACACGAUUGUCUUGUUUUUCCUCAAAAGGGUGAUAGACCCCAUACAAAUGAGGCUUCUGGAAGUGAUCUUGAUGGGGACCUUUAUUUUGUCACGUGGGAUGAGAACCUUAUUCCACCUAGCAAGAGGAGUUGGACGCCUAUGGAGUAUAUAUCUCAAGAAAGCAAACUUCUGUCGCGUCAAGUUACAACUCGAGACAUAACAGAAUUUUUUGUCAGAAAUAUGGUAACUGAGAAUUUGGGGGCAAUCUGCAACGCACAUGUGGUACAUGCUGAUCUUAGUGACUAUGGUGCAUUGGAUGAGAAUUGCAUAGCCCUGGCUGAGCUAGCAGCCACAGCUGUUGAUUUCCCAAAGACUGGAAAGGUUGUCUCUAUGCCUUCCCAUUUGAAACCAAAAUUAUACCCUGAUUUUAUGGGGAAGCAGCCACACCAGUCUUAUAAAUCCAAGAAAAUCCUUGGUAGGCUUUACCGGCGAAUCAAAGAUGCUUAUGAUGAGGAUUUGGAUGGUACUAGUUCGAAGCAUGAAACUGGUGAUAUACCUUAUGAUGCUAACCUUGAGGUUCCCGGGGCUGUUGAGUUUAUUUACGAUGCAUGGGCCCAGAAGUGCUGUUAUGAUGGUCAGCUGAAUGGAUUGCUUAGUCAAUACAAAGUGGAAAGAGAAGAAGAAGUUGUAACUGGACAGAUUUGGUCCAUGCCCAAAUACAGCAGCAGAAAGCAAGGAGAACUUAAAGAAAGGCUCAAGCAUGCCUACAGUGCCCUGAAGAAAGAAUUUAGGCAAACUUUUGAGAAAUUGGAUUCAAAUAUGGAAGAACUAAAUGAUGAAGAAAAACAUUUACUAUAUGAGCAGAAGGCAUCAGCCUGGUACCUGGUCACAUAUCAUCCUGAAUGGGUGAAGAAGUCCCGUGAUCUUCAAGACAAAUCCGUUGAUCAUGGAAAUAAUGUGAUGCUGAGUUUCCCGUGGAUUGCUGUUGAUUAUCUGGCUUGUAUUAAGAUAAGGAAUCGAGGAGUUGUAAGUGUUGAUUCUACAAAGCCAGUUGAUUCUUUGGCAAAGUACCUAGCUGAAAGGCUGUGAAUCUUUGUCUUCUACCCAAGCUUGGCUUCAAGGCCACUCUGCCAUUUUUAUAAAUAGAUGCUGUGACUUUGUAUCUAGUUCAUAUGCCCUGUUUGGUGUUUCAGUUUUUCUGCUUUGCUUUUAAUCUAUCUAGGCUUGUUCCCAUCUUGUUUGUGCGUGGCAAUAAUGUGCUUGGUCUAUCACAUUAUACAAUGGACUGUACUUUCUUCUAUAACUGUUGUGCAUGUGGUGAUGGAGAUGCCAGAAACAAACAGGAAGCAGAAUGUUUUGUGAUGGAUAUUCUCGUGCAUAUUGACUAAGCCCUUGAUCAUGUAAAUUUACAGGGUCCUCUGGUCAUAUUUUAGAUUUUGUUUUCAUUUCUUUCAUGAACUUAUUGGAAUGUGUACGAGUUUGUUUCCAAACUGAUUGAACGUCCAAUUGACACUGGUUUUGUAAUUCUAUUGAGCCUGUGUGUAUUUCAAUAGGAAGAAAUAACAAUUCUCAUUAUGAGACUUGGCAGUA